GCGAAAGCACAGCGACUGGGAACUAACAGCCUGCGUGAGGAAAGAAAACCUGCCGCUAACGGAAGGGGAUUGAACUCGAGAACCCCUCGCUAUACGGGACACCAGGAGACGCGGGAUACACGUAAUUGACUGAUUAACCUAAUUGUCUCAUUUUGCUGUAAGUCAAUAGUCAAAUGCAAAACGCCCGAGUUUCUCUUGAGUGAAAGAUGCCGCGGUUUCUGCACAGUCUGGUUUGAAGAAGGCUGCUUGGUGCCAUUGGCACUUCACGGGCACAAUGCUCUCUCCUUGUUCGUACUUGACAAGCCCACUUGCUCCUGAUCCUCCUGACCAGUCCAUCAUGGACUCUUCCACGCUGCAAAUUUGCACCUCUUUGGACGAUUGCUUUUUGGACAGCAUGGACAGCUCUUGUGACUACCAUGAAAUAUUUGAAGAUGAGCCCUAUGAUGGGAGUGACUGGAGGCCCCCUGAUGAGGAACUGGCCAGGAAGAUUGCCUCUCAGGUGGAGUGCUACCUUUCAGAUGAGAAUCUGGCAGAAGAUGCCUUCCUUCUGAAACAUGUGAGGAGAAACAAGUUGGGAUAUGUCAGCAUCAAGCUGAUCACUUCUUUCAAAAAGGUGAAGUACUUGACCAGAGACUGGCGAGCUACUAGACAUGCCCUCAGCUAUUCCAGAAUCUUAGAAGUCAAUGAAGAAGGUACAAAAGUGAGGCGAAGAGAGCCUGUUUCUGAAUCCCUGCUCGCCAUUCCUCCUAGCAAAAUCCUGUUGGCUUGGAACCUGCAAGACGAUUCUCAAGUGAAUAAGCCAUCUGGUUCUGGCCAGAUCUGUACAAUGGAGAAGACCAUGGCUGUGUUUGGCAAAUAUGGCAAUAUCGGCUCAUUGCGCAUCCUUCGACCCGGCAAAGAAUUGCCAAUGGAGCUGAAGAAGUAUGCGUUCAAGUACCCUGAGCUGGGCACCAAAGUGUGUGCCUUAGUGGAGUACGAGUUCCUUGAAGGAGCUCGAAAAGCCUAUGAAGGUCUCAAAGUCCAGCAGCAUGCAGGCAGUGGAGAGGACAUUAAAGUAGUCCUCGUAGGUGGCCGGGGAACUCGCAAAAAGAAUAGUAGCCUGGGGGCAGAGGAAUCUGAAGAUCUUGAGGAAACACUAGAACUCCUCAAGCAACCCAAGAAGCCGGGUUCCCGAUCCAAGAGAUUUCCAUUUCCCUUGGAGGAUUCUUCAGUGUAUAGCUCCUCGGAGUCCGACUUCACUCCUGGAUCUCCGGUGCCAAUCCGCACAAUAACCCGCCCACAGGCCCUGUACGGCAGUCCUCUCGCUAGUCCCAGGAUGGUAUCCUCUUUCCGACCAAAUUCCUUCAGCAGCCCUCUAGCUAGCCCAGUCCUGCCCCGCAAGCUCUUUACAAGUGGUGCCUGUCCUUCACCCCUUGCUACUAUGGAUUUAAGUAGCAGCCCUGGCUUGUCACAAUGGCCGACAUCUGGCUCCAGCCCUGAGGGGCCCAAGAAGUCUGAAGACUUCUCCUGUGAUAGCGGCAUUCUGGUUGGUAGUCCCUGGGUGCACAGGCGCAAGAUGGCCGCUUUCCAAGCCAGUUCAGAAAAACUGGCUUGUACGUCCACUCUUUCAAGGAAGUUGCCACUUUCCACUGGGCUGCCAACCAAACUGAUUCGCCAGCCUCUUGGCCCUGAUGGAACUAAAGGCUUCUAUAACUGCAUCGGUAGAGGGAAAUUAGUGCUGAGACAUUAAGUCCAUAUACUGAAAAAAUGUCCACACGGAGUUCCCAGAAAACUGGUGUUAUGACCUGUGAGUUGCAAUCGAUUGAUUGAUAAUGCACCUUGAACGUAAUGGACUGAACCUUUUUAAAUCUGUGCCCAUUUGAAUCUGUAACCUGAACAAUAAGAUUUGUCUGUAUACCAGCUUAAACAGGCACAAAUUCACGCUAACAUUUGACCAUUUUAAGUACCUGAAACAAGUAAAAUUGACUUCACAAAUGGCCGAAAAUCGCCAAUCCGUUGCACUUUUGAUGUGACAUUUUCUUGUGCAUAAAUUGAUUGUAAAUGAUUUUUCUUGACACUGCCAUCUUGGGGCUGGCAUUUACUGUAAAACUAUUAGCACUGAUGGUUUCUAGAUUGUUUUAAAAUAACUUAUCUAAAAAUGUGUAGUAUGAGCAUCCGCGUUGUCUGAUGAAAGGGGAGGUGCAGUGGGGUGACCCCAUCACUUUGUGCUUAGGAGACUUGCACUGAAUGUUCUGUGCAUUAAUGUGGAAUUUAAAGUAUUAAAUAAAGAACAUGGAUGUUUGGA